AUGGGUGUAGGUGUUGGGAUAAUGGAGGAAGCCAAGGAGAAGUUCAAGAUACAGGUGGAGAUGUUUUCUGAGAAAUACAUAAGGAGUGCGGCGAAGAAGCUUGACAAAGAAGAGCUUGAUAUGUUUAUAGAUGUUUUGGAAGGCAGGAAUGCAGAGCUGAGGGAGGAGCUCACGAGUUUAAAGAAAGAGAUUGCGAGGAGAGCAGAUAACCAUGGAUUUCUGAUAGAAGCAGUGGGAGAGGGGAUUCCAAGAAAAGCCUUAUCAUGCUUGAAGGAUUAUCUUAAUGGGGUAGAGUGGAUGGCCAUGGAUACGGCAUGUGGAGACAAAUAA